AUGGAGACGCAAGGGGUUAGUNCAUUAUUUUUAACGGUUCAUUUAUUGUCACUUUUAAUAUCUUGCAGACUUGUAGAAGAAGUUAAGGACAUUGCCAAGGUGGAGUUUGAAAAUGAAGACGUGUACCUCGCCCCCGUUUUCGACGAAUUCGGACUCGCAGUCAUCUUGAAACUUAGGGGCGGUUCGGCCCCCGCGGAAAUAAAAUACAGGGCGAUCGAAUUGGAAACGAAUAACAUGAAAAUUAAAUUCCCAUGUCAACUGUUCAUCGAUGGACAAUUCGUGGACAGUGAAGGUGGCAAAACAUUCGAAACAAUCAAUCCUGCGGACGAAAGUGUUAUUUGCACGGUUCAAUAUGCGUCGAUAAAAGAUGUUGAUAAAGCUGUGAAGGCGGCAAAGAAAGCUUUCGAAAAGGGCGAAUGGAGUAAAAUCAGUGCUAGAGAGCGGGGACAACUUCUCUUCAAGUGAGUGACUUUUAUUUUAAGUAUUUCAUU